UGCGGGUUGUCCUCAUCUCUCCAUUUUGCCAUCUCCGAGUCCUUCAGGGAGACAUAUCCGCAUCUUCCCGCUAAAGGUCGCGUAAAAACCUAGAUUCGAAGCGCGGCGCCUCUCGUAGAUAACUGCUGUUCAUAGGCGAGUUUUAUAAACAGCGUCUGUCUGGUCUGUCGAGGGAAACUUGUCGGGCGGUGCAAUUCAGACAUCCCGAACAAUCGGAGCACCUCAUCUGCCACCCUUUGGGGGUCAUCAUUAUCCGCAACUAGUUGACGCCGGUCUAUUAAUCUGGCGUGGAAUCGCGCUCAAAAGCAGAAGCACACAGUUUAAAAGCGGAAGCACAGAGUUUACACCCCAUCUUCACAAUGUCUCUCGCAGAGGUGCAAAAGGUCUCCAUCCUCGGGAAAGAGUCCAUCCAUUGCGGGUUCCACCUUGUAUCGUACAUCGUCGAGACCAUUCUCACGACUCUCCCGUCACCUACCUAUGUCCUAGUCACCGACACCCAUGUAGCCGACCUGCACCUUCCCGCAUUCCAGGUCGCCUUCGACGAGCGAAAGGUGUCAUCACAGGCACGCUUCCUGAGUUAUGUCGUUCCGCCUGGCGAGACGAGCAAGAGUCGCGAGGCGAAGGCUGAAAUCGAGGAUUAUCUCCUUAUGAGCAAGUGUACGCGCGACACGGUCAUCCUUGCACUCGGAGGAGGCGUCAUUGGCGACCUUGUCGGCUUCGUCGCUGCAACCUUCAUGCGUGGCGUGCGUUUUGUGCAAAUUCCGACAACGUUGCUCGCGAUGGUGGACUCGAGCGUGGGCGGCAAAGUUGCUAUUGACACCACCCACGGCAAGAACCUCAUCGGCGCUUUCUGGCAGCCGGAGUACAUUUUUAUAGACGCGGCAUUCCUCGAGACGCUGCCCGCUCGCGAGUUCUCAAAUGGCAUGGCAGAGGUAGUCAAGACUGCAGCCAUCUGGAACGAAAAUGAGUUCGCCGCACUUGAAUCUCGCUCCGCUGAGAUAUUUGCAGCUAUUCAGACGCCAUCGAAGGAUCAUUCAGGGCGCACUCGUGCGACGCGUUCAGCUGCGCAAGAGCUGCUUCUCUCUGUUAUCGUCGGCUCUAUCUCCGUGAAGGCCCACAUCGUCACCAUCGACGAGCGCGAAACUGGCCUAAGGAACCUCGUCAACUUUGGACACACCAUUGGGCAUGCAAUCGAAGCCAUACUAACGCCAACGAUCCUACAUGGAGAGUGCGUGAGUAUCGGCAUGAUAUUGGAAGCUGAGGUUGCACGGCAGCUCGGCGUGCUUAACCAGAUCGCCGUCGGUCGCCUCACGCGCUGCCUCAAGGCGUACAACCUUCCCGUGUCGCUCUCGGAUCCGCGCAUCGCGAACCUUCCCGCGGCGCGUGGACUCACCGUGGAGAAGCUGCUGGACAUCAUGAAGGUAGACAAAAAGAAUAGCGGCCCACAGAAGAAAAUCGUAAUCCUCUCAAGGAUCGGGGCUACGUUUGAGCAAAAGGCGACGAACGUGGCAGAUGGCGUUAUCGAGAAGACCCUGUCGGAGGCUGUCAAGAUCGUGCCUGGUUUACCCGCAAAAAGCCCCAUCCGCAUGUCGACCCCGGGUUCGAAAAGUAUCUCGAACCGCGCGCUGCUUCUUGCGGCCCUGGGUGAGGGGACGUGUAGGCUGAAGAACCUGUUAUACUCUGAUGACACGCAGGUCAUGAUGAAUGCGCUUGUGGAGCUCAAAGGAGCGAGCUUCUCUUGGGAGGAUGCCGGCGAGACGUUGGUUGUCAAAGGCGGUGAAGGCUCCCUGUCCAUUCCCGCCAGGGGAAAGGAGAUCUACCUCGGGAAUGCGGGAACCGCAGCGCGCUUCCUCGCCACGGUCUGCACGCUCGCUAAGGCAUCCGAGCUCGGAGAGAGGACGGUGAUAACAGGAAACGCGCGCAUGAAGCAGCGCCCGAUUGGUCCUCUCGUAGACGCGCUGCGCGCCAAUGGCAGCGACAUCAGCUACCUCGAGUCGCAGGGUUGCCUUCCGCUCUCAGUUGCCCCGGCAGGCCUCAAGGGCGAACACAUCCGCCUCGCAGCGAAUGUCUCGAGCCAAUAUGUCUCGUCCAUCCUCCUUUGCGCACCGUACGCCAAAGAGCCGGUCACGCUGGAGCUCGUCGGAGGCCAGGUCAUCUCGCAGCCUUACAUCGACAUGACGAUCGCGAUGAUGAAAUCGUUCGGCGUCGACGUCGUGCGCGCGGUGGACGAGGCGACGGGCAAGCCACGUGACGUCUACCGCAUCCCGAAGGCAGUGUAUAAGAACCCGCCGGAGUACAACAUCGAGAGCGAUGCGAGCAGUGCGACCUACCCCCUUGCUAUCGCCGCUAUCACCGGCACGACGUGCAUGAUUAUGAACAUCGGUUCUGCGUCGUUGCAGGGCGAUGCGCGAUUUGCGAAAGAGGUGCUCGAGCCGAUGGGCUGCCAGGUUGUGCAGACGGAGACGGAAACCACUGUGAUUGGGCCGCCGAUCGGGAAACUGAGGGCACUCGGUCUUGUCGAUAUGGAGCCGAUGACGGACGCUUUCUUGACUGCGUCUGUUGUGGCUGCUGUCGCUACCAUGCCACCCGAAAAGGGACGUGAGCUCACAGACGGCUCGAGGCCAACGACGACGCGGAUCAUCGGUAUCGCAAACCAGAGGGUGAAGGAAUGCAACCGCAUCAGAGCUAUGAUUGACGAGCUAGCAAAGUUUGGUGUGGAGACCAAGGAGCUAGAUGAUGGUCUCGAGAUUUACGGCAAAGCGAUCCCAGAAUUGAAGACAGGUAUUAGCGUGCAUUGUUACGAUGAUCAUCGUGUGGCUAUGGCCUUCAGUGUCCUGGGUGUGGUCGCCGCGGGAACCAUCCUCGAGGAGAAACGCUGUGUCGAAAAGACAUGGCCCAAUUGGUGGGAUGACCUUCAAAACAAGAUUGGCCUGGAAGUAGAGGGUGUCGAGCUCCCGCUCUCAGAUUCCGCUGCUUCUGCUAGUCAGUCCACUGAGAACUACUCAUUGGCCUCCGUGGUCGUCAUCGGCAUGCGUGGUUCGGGCAAGACUUAUAUCGGCGAGCUUGCUGCUUCCAUUCUGGAGUGGCAGUUCGUGGAUGCAGACCUCUACUUUGAGCAGAAGCACAAGACAGGUGUACGCGACUUCGUGCUGAAGAAUGGCUGGUCUGCGUUCCGGGCUGCUGAGACGGAGAUUCUCAAAGAGCUGCUGAGGGAGUACCCGAAAGGGCACAUCAUCAGUCUCGGUGGCGGCAUUGUGGAGACGCCUGCCGCACGAGAUCUGCUCAAGCAACACGCGAAGGAGGGUCCAGUCGUGCAUAUAGUACGCGAGAUUGGCGAGGUCGUCAAGUAUCUCGGAGAGGAGACGCUUCGUCCUGAUUAUGGAGAACCAGUCUUAGACGUCUUCAAGCGACGAGAGCCUUGGUUUGCUGAAUGCUCCAGCUAUAUCUUUAUCAACAACACAGGCAUGCUCAGCGGCGCUCAGGAGGAUAAAACGGUUGACGGAAUAGAGAAGCUGACUACCACUCCAUCACCAUCGCCUAAUGGCACCCGCGACGAAGUAGAACGCUUCUUUAAUCACAUCACAGGCAAGCGUCCGAACCUUGUGCCUACGACAGCAGCAGGCAGCAGGACAUACUUCUUGUCACUCACGCAUCCUGACAUCAUUCCUGCUCUUCCAUAUAUUGACGAGCUGAUUGCGGGCGUGGAUGCCAUCGAGCUACGUGUGGAUCUACUUCGAUCGCAGCGAAACUUCGACGAACCCGGGCCUUUCAUCCCCCCUGUAUGGUACGUUAAUAAUCAGAUCGCUGCCCUCAGGCAAGUGACCUCACUGCCGAUCGUCUUCACUGUUCGCACCGCCUCCCAAGGCGGGCAAUUCCCCGAUUACUUGGAGAAGGAGGCUUUCGAAUUGUUCCACAACGCCAUUCGUUUGGGUGUCGAGUACGUCGAUGUCGAGAUUUCUUGGUCAGAGAGACAGAUACAGGACCUCGUAUCGCGGAAAGGCCACUCGCAGAUCAUUGCGUCCUGGCACGACUGGAGUGGCAACAUGCGCUGGGACGGCAAGACCGUGGAAGCCAAGUAUCGCGUUGCGGAUUCGUUCGGUGAUAUAGUCAAGUUGGUCGGAAAGGCAAAUGAUCUCGAGGACAACCUCGCUCUGUACGCAUUUGCGUCGCGCAUGCGCUCGUCUCUCGGAGUUAAACCGUUGCUCGCUAUCAAUAUGGGUGUCGAGGGCCAGCUCUCCCGGAUCUUGAACCCGACGCUAAGCCCCGUCUCUCAUCCUCUGCUUCCGACGAAAGCAGCUCCUGGCCAGCUCUCAUUCGCUGAAAUUCAAACGGCUCUUCAUCUUAUCGGACAAAUGCCUCCCCGACGGUUCUAUCUCUUCGGCAACCCUAUCUCGCAUUCCAUGUCGCCGACACUUCACAACACUGCUUUCCAACUGUUGGGCAUGCCACAUACCUAUGAAUUGCUUGAGACAGAGAGCGUCGGCGAAGAAAUCAAGGCAGCUCUGGCGUCUCCUGACUUUGGUGGUGCUUCGGUCACCAUUCCAUUCAAGCUUGCCGUCAUGCCUUUGUUGGAUUCUUUGUCAUCUGAAGCAGAGGCUAUUGGUGCUGUCAAUACGAUAAUUACUCGUAAAAGUGCAGACGGUUCUUUGUCCUUACACGGCGAUAAUACGGACUGGCUCGGGAUCCUAAGGUGCAUUCGCUCGGCCUUGCCCAGAGGCGUGCUCCAGCCAAGCGCUGCGCUCAUCAUCGGGGCGGGCGGUACUUCUCGUGCCGCCAUCUAUGCAUUGCACAGAUUGAAGACCAAACGUAUCUAUCUGUUCAACAGGACGAGGAGCAGUGCGGAAGCUCUCGUGAAGGCGUUCCCGAAGGUCCCCAUCGAUAUCAUCGAGGAGCUCGGAGCCUGGCCCGAAGAUGGGCCGCCUCCCAUGGUCAUCGUGUCCACGGUCCCUGCAACGGCGACAACCACUGACCCUUACGUCAAAGAUGCGCUGUACUUGCCCUCAACGAUAUUCCCGUUCGAAGGAGAAGGAGUCGUGGUUGACAUGGCGUACAAGCCUGUCGAGACGCCGCUUCUCGUGCUAGCUGCGAAUGAAGCGAGGAGAUUCAAGCGUAUUCGAGGUAUCCAGGUUUUGCUUGAGCAGGGAUACCUACAACUUCAUCUAUGGACCGGAAGACACUGCCCGAAGAGCGCUGUUGCUAAGGAGGUCUGGAAUGCCUAUGUAGCCGUGAACGAGUAAAGGUGUCUCGACGAUAAAUGAGAAGCCCGUGCUCGAUUAUACGAAGCUUUGUAUCAUCUUACGGCAUGUUGAAUAGAGGACCUACUCAUAGCUGAUACCUCCAAAGCGGAUGAAUGAAAGCAAAUAUGUCUAUACUAACGAAGCGAUGCCAUGUAGAGAACAAGGCGCAAUUAUUUGCCUUCAUAGAAAGCAACAAUCUCAGGCCCUCCAACAACACCAAAACAUUCUGCAAGGUGUAGGAUCCCAACAUCAAUAAGCCGCUCAGCACUAAGCAUCCACGCUACUGAAAUCUCAUCGAUGCGACCCUCUUGACUUUCCACCACACCUUGUGAGCCACAUUCUCCAACUUUGGGCCUUUCUCUUCGUCGAAGGAUCGGCCCGGAUUUACAACAUUAUCGGCAGC